CAAUGUUUGGUUGGAAUAUCAGAGAUUAUGAUAUUAAACUAGAAUUAUCACGUUGUUCCAAUGGAGUGGUGUACAUGGCCAAAUAUUUACCCAAUCAACAGUAUGUGACCGUGAAAAAAUAUCACCUGGAUCGGAAUGAUAAACAAAUAACUGAUAGCAUACAGGACGACAUCAUGGCCAUGCGGCUAUUUAGCCAUCCGAAUUUACAUAAGUUCCAUACAGCAUUUGUUAAUGACAGUGAUUUGUUUGUGGUCUCACCGCUAAUGUGCUUUGGAAGUUGUCGUGAUUCUAUUAGGAAUAUUUUUACAACCGGAUUUCCCGAAAUCUUCAUUGCCCUUAUAAUGCGUGAUGUCUUAUCCGGCCUGGAGUAUUUACAUCGUCGCGGUUAUGUUCAUCGUUCCAUUCGUGCUAGUCAUAUACUCUUAAAUCAAACCAAAGCAGUAUUAACAGGAUUCCGCGAUUGUACUAGUUUUAUAUCACACGGUGGACGUGUUACAGUUCUACAUCAACUACCUCCGAAUAGUAUACGUAGCCUAAAUUGGUUAGCACCUGAAGUUUUGGAACAAAAUCUAAUUGGUUAUACGGAAAAAUCGGAUAUUUAUUCCAUUGGUAUUACAUGUUGUGAAUUAGCUAACGGGGUGGAGCCAUUCGCUGAUUCUCCACCAACGUUUAUGUUCACCGAAAAGAUACGUGGUAAUGUGCCCACGUUAUUGGAUCGUUCCACAUGUCCUGGGGUGGAUGAAAUGAUUGAAAUAAUUGCCACUGCCAAUAAAACUGAUACCACAGUUGCUGCCGAAACCCAACAAAUCUAUUUACAACGAAUGUUCAGCGACGAAUUCCAUCAAUUUACGGAGAUUUGCAUGGAAAAGAAACCGGCCAAUCGUUGGUCGGCCCUCAAGCUCCUAUCCCAUUCAUUCUUUAAACAAUGUCGCCACAGCAGUAUUUUGGAUGUGACACAGCGUUUUGGAAUGCAAGUAUCCGACUAUGAAGAAUUGAGAGAUGAAAGUUUGCAGUUAAACCAGGAAUUGAAUGACUUAAAUUUAAAUGACAAUAAUACUUGGGAUUGGGAAUUUGAUUGAA